GCUUACCCAUAGUGCAUUGCGCCGCUAGUUUCUUUCUUCUUGGUGGUGUGGUGGUCCAAAAUGUCGCUACUGGAAGGUCCGUUAAACGUGCUCGGCCAGCGAACAACCGGCGAGUCGGUUCGCACCCAAAAUGUCAUGGCUGCGGCAUCCAUCGCUAACAUCGUCAAGAGCUCCCUAGGACCAGUGGGCCUUGACAAAAUGUUGGUGGAUGACAUUGGGGACGUGACCAUCACCAACGACGGCGCGACCAUCUUGAAGCUCCUGGAAGUGGAGCACCCGGCCGCCAAGGUCCUGUGUGAACUGGCCGACCUGCAGGACAAGGAGGUCGGGGACGGGACCACGUCUGUGGUGAGUCAAAAGGUCGUCGGUCCCUGCCAUGUGGUGCGCCGCCGUGUCCUGUUAUAGUACCACGCGUCUGCC